CUAAUCGAUAGUUCGCGGCUCUAAACUUUAAACUUUCAGUUCCAGUCUUCCAGAGGGACGAACAGGGCUAGGGUUUUCCUGAUUACAUCACUCUAAUGUCUCGACUUCUCAUUCUACCCAAACACUUUGCUUCCAUCAACAAUCCAUGGCCAUGGCUUUCUUUGAGACUCUUCUCAACCCGUUCUUCUUCUUCAAGACCCAAAGGCAACUCUUUCACUGUCUCAUACCUCGUUGGAAAUUGCGGGUUCUCACCAGAACGUGCAGUUUCCGUUUCCAAACGCUUUAGCUUCAAAACAAGCGAAAGGCCAGACACAGUGAUUGCGUUCUUCAGGAACAUUGGUUUAUCCCAAACGACACUGUUCAGAGUCCUCCAGUCCAUGCCACAGUUACUCGUAGCCAGUCCCGAGAGAUCUUUGCAGCCAAAAAUCGAUUUUUUUAAGUCCAAAGGGUUUUCUACCUCUGAUAUAUGCAAGACCAUUGUUAAUAACCCUUUGAUCCUCAUCCGAAGCGUGCAGGUUCAGAUAGCUCCCGCGUUUGAUUUCUUCGAUGACAUGUUUCCGUCUAGGGACAAGCUCAUCAAAGCUGUUAUGCGUAAUUCCAGUAUUCUCUAUGACUUUAAAAUAUAUGUAGAACCUAAUAUAAAGCUGCUUAGAGAAGCAGGAGUUCCUAUUUCACAUGUUAUUAGGUUAAUAGAAUACUGCCCUCGCCAAUUGAAGGCAAACCCUAAGAGGUUUAAGGAGGUAUUGCAGGAAAUUAAGGAGAUGAAGUUUGAUCCCUUCAAGUUUCAAUUUGUUGUGGCUAUUUAUGUGAAUGUAACCGUAGGAAAAUCCUCAUUGGCAAGAAGGAAAGGUAUUUAUAGAAAGUGGGGUUGGACCGAUGGCAAUAUUUUUGCAGCAUUUAGAAACCAUCCGUGGUGUCUUGUCAUCUCGGAUGACAAGAUUGAAGCAAUGAUGGAUUAUCUGGUGAAUGGAUUGGGUUAUUCAGCUUCUUCUAUAUCUAGUAAUCCCUGGGUGUUGUCCAUGAGUUUGAAAAGGCGGAUUAUUCCGAGGGGUUCUGUUAUUCUAGUUUUGCAGUCUAAGGGUCUGGGCAGGAAGCUGGGCUUGGGUACAAUAUUUAGGUGCAAUGAAAAGAUCUUCUUGGAUAAGUUUAUCUUCCGCCAUGAGAAAGAAGCUGACGAUCUAUUGAAGUUGUAUCAAGCUAAUUUAGGAAAAGAGCAAGUCCAUAAGAGAAAAGAAUGUAAUGAUUAAUGAUGAAGCUGUCUUCCGUCUCACUAAGAUUUUUUGGUGCACUGUUAUGGAGUUAAUGAUAUCAGGUGAACAGAGGGUUGACUUCUCAGUAGUGAGGUGAAGAUAUUUUAUCAACUUAGGAUUAUUUAUGAUAUGUCAUUUGGUUUUCUUUUCCAUUUUCCUAAUUGUAAGUUGCAGCUUUGUUCUUGUCACUUAAAAUGCUAAUUUCUAAUUACUAAUUUCACAUUACUUAGUUUAAAUCCAAUAGCAUUUCUAUUAAAAGUAGGUUCAUUCUGUUUC